AAUACAAUAUUAAAGUCUAGCCGAGUUUCGGUAUAUCAGUUCCGCAUUGUUUCCGUCUUCAGUGAACUAUGAAAYCCAAGAGUAGAAAGAGGUAACUUCCGGAUAAAUAACUACGUUUAAAAGUACAGCGUAUCUAUCGAUAAAUCGCAUAAAUAAUCUUGAUCACAAGAAUAAACCAUCUAACUGCCAUUUCCAACGGAAUUAUUAUUUAUUUUUUUGUCUUCAACUAUGUUCAAGCUGGUCUUCAUAGCAAUUAUUUUGGAAUUCGUAUUAACGGUGCGGUGUGGUCCAAUGCCGCGACAGCGAAUAGACGGCGAGCAGAAUCAUAGACAAGAACAACAAAAAUAUGCAGUUGACCGCUUUACGACUGGACUGGUGGGGAAUCCUAUAAUCCGCGAAAAUUACCUCAACUGUUUUUUAGAUAAUGGGCCGUGCAGUCCGGAAGCUAAUAAUAUUAAACCAGGAAUGGUUCCCGAAGCUAUCCAAAAUGAAUGUGCACAUUGCACUGAAUUACAGAGAAAAGUGAUUGAAAAAAUGAUGUGCUACCUAAAUAAUCAUCAACCGGAUAUCUUAAAAGAAGUAGCUGCGAAAUUUGACCCAAAUGGAGAGUAUAUGAAGCAAUAUAUUAAUACCAUAGAGCGGAAUGGAAAUGGAGGAAAUGUACAGUUUUUGAAUCCAAAUUUACUCCAAUAUCAACCACAACAAAAUUCUAAUCAACCACAACAAAAUCCAAAUCAACCACAACAAAAUCCAAACCAACCACAACAAAAUCCAAACCGACCACAACAAAAUCCAAACCAACCACAACUGAACCCAAAUCAACCUCAGCUUCAUCAAAAUCAAAAUCAAUACCAACCACAACAAAAUCAACACCAACCACAACAAAAUCAACACCAACCACAACAAAAUCCAAACCAACCACAACUGAACCCAAAUCAACCUCAGCUUCAUCAACAUCAAAAUCAAUACCAACCACAACAAAAUCAACACCAACCGCAGUCUAAUCAAAACCAACCACAGUCUAAUCAAUACCAACCACAACCUAAUCUAAACCAACCACAGCAAAAUACAAAUCAACCACAGCCACAUCAACAUCAAUACCAACCACAACAAAAUCCAAACCAACCGCAACAACAUCAACAUCAACACCAACCACAACAAUAUCAAUACCAACCACAAAAACAUCAACAUGAACAACAAUUAAAAGAAACUGUAGUAACAACGGCACCUAUAUCUACGGCAACCCGAAAACCUUGA